AGGCCGAUCACGGGACUUGGCUUCGGCACGCUGGGAAAGUGAGGGCCGCCGGGUAGCAGCGUCCUUGGCCCGUCGUUUUCGAGCGAAGCCCCUGCAGGUUCGUUCUCAAGCUCGAAAGAGGUCGCUCUCGGCUUCCUCUUCCAAGGAUUUCCCGUUGGCGCCGGUCGCAGCGUAGCGGGACUCCGUCGCACACCGCUCCUCGGCUUCACUCCGCGGCGGUCCGAACCGGAGAGGUGGGGGCGAAGCCACGCACGACAGUCGGGCAUUUCCAACGGGACGCAGCGCGCGCAGGCAACCGCGAACUCCGAACUGCACCGGCUGCUGUAGACUGUCGUCAUGCUUGGCGUGUUCUGGCGGUGCCUUGUCACGGGCCUCAUCGCCGGAGUCGGUGCCCUCGUGCUGCAGUACCUGUGGGACAUACUGAAGAGAUGCCUGAGACGAGAUCUCCCGCCGGGCCCAUUUGGGGUGCCGCUACUCGGCUACCUUCCAUUCAUGCCGAAGGAUGGCCACCAUGGCGUUGAGGCGCUCAGGCAGAAGUAUGGCAACGUGUUCGGUGUUCACCUAGGUUGCCGGUACGUGGUGUUCCUGUGCGACUUCGGCUCAAUCAAGGAAGCCUUAUCGCAAGACUCUCUCCUCAACCGACCCGAAGAGUUUCCCUUCAAAGUCAACGAGCACUCGCAAGGACUGAUUGUGUUGAAUGGACCCCUAUGGAAGGAGCAGCGCCGGUUUUCGUUGAAGCUCUUCAAGAACCUUGGCAUCGCAACGCAAGCCAUGGAGAAACACAUACACGAGGAGCUGUCGUACCUCCUCCGUGAGCUGGAGUCAGUCAAAAGCGGCCGCAUCGUGCCCACGUCCGUGCUGACGCCCAGCACAUCCAACAUCAUUUCGGCUCUAGUGUUCGGCCGCCGGUUCGAGUACGACGAUCCCGAGCGCGUCUACCUGGACAAGCUGAUCGAGGUGAUCCCGGCGCUGGCAGCGCAGGUUUCGGCCAUCAACUUCUUUCCCUGGCUUCGCAAGCUGUUCGUCUUCUUCCGCAUGGGCGCCUGCGAGCAGCUAAGGGACGCGCUUGUCCGCAGGGAAGAUUUUGCCGACUCCAAGAUCGACUUCCACCAGGACACAUAUCAGGACGGCUUGGUGCGGGACUACAUCGACGGCUUUCUCAGCGAAAUGAAGCAGCAGGAUGAAAGAAGCAAGACGUUCACGCGCAAUCUGCUCAAGGGCAACGUGGCGUCCUUCUUCGGUGCCGGCAGCGAGACGGUGCGCGCCGCCAUCGAGUGGUUGCUGCUCAUAAGCGCCAUGAAACCGGAGCUGCAGCGCCGCAUUCACGCCGAGAUCGACGCCGUGCUCGCGAGUGGCGAAAAUUCGCACAUCUCCUGGAGCGACCGCUGCCGGAUGCCGUACACGCAGGCCUUCAUGUGGGAGACGAUGCGCUGCAAGCCCGUCAACCCCCUCAGCCUUAUGCGAUAUGCCUCCACAGACGUGAAGGUUGGCAAGUACGUCAUCCCUCGUGGCAGCGUCGUCAUCGGAUCGCUCUGGUCCAUCUUCUACGACCCCGCCUACUGGGGCGAUCCGGAAGCAUUUCGACCAGAGCGCUUCCUCGCCGACGACGGCACACGGCCGCAGAAACCGGAGCGAUUCAUCCCAUUCUCCUACGGCAAGCGGGCGUGCCCAGGAGAAGUGAUCGCCAACAUGGAGACGUUCAUCUACUUCACCACCAUCCUCCAGCAUUUCACUGUAGAGGCGCCGCCAGAUGGCCAAGACCUUGUGCUCGAUGAAGUACUCGGCAUCUCACUCCGACCAAAGCCCCAGGAACUCCUCUUCCGACUACGAGAAGUGCGAAUAUCACCCGAGGAAUAUCACAACGACUCCGGAUGGACACUCGCUGGGGAACGCAUGUCGAGGCUGCGCCAGCGGACACCCGCCAGCGGCAAGCCCGACGGACCCGGCGGGAGUCAAACAAGCACGAAGUCGAAAUUCAACAAGAGCGUCAGAGCCUCGGUCAUCAAGGCAGCACGCACGCCACUGGAAGAAAGCAAGGUAGUCGUCAGACCCAGAGGGGGACUGGACAUCGUCAAGACCGGAAUCACCACCGUCACUGCGGCCAUACUCGCCGUGGCCAAGAUCACGAGCGAGGAAAGCGCCGCGGACACCAUCUGCCCAAAGACGCAACAGAACAUCAUGGUCGUCAGUACACUGAACGAAGACAACGCGGCUAGGUACGCUAAAAUCCAGGAAAUCUCUAUUCGAGGCGAACCCUACGAGGUCAGUGCAUAUGGCACGGCACCUCACGACACCAUAAAAGGUGUCGUCAGAGGCAUCCCCAUCGACGCGAGCGCCGACGAGCUAGGUAGGAACAUCGUCAACGAGAGGAACCCGCUAGCAGUGGGCGUAAAGAGGAUUGGCAGCACGACCGCUGCGAUCGUGGUGUUCCAGGGACCCAAGGUACCGAACUUCGUCCGAUACGCAGUUACCCUGAUACCGUGCCGCUUCUACAGGAAACAGAUCGACGUUUGCCAGCAGUGCGGCCGAGUGGGACACCGCAAGGACGUGUGCCCGACCCCCAUAAUCAAGACGUGCCUAGCCUACGGACUUGCGAACCCUACAGAAGACCAUCGCUGUACCCCAAAAUGUAAGUUGUGCGGGGACGAACACCCGACCGGAAACCGAAUGUGCAAAUCGAAAUACAAUAUCCCCUACGUAGUGUGCAAGCGACAAUGGGAGCGCAGGCAGGCCGAACGCCAGUUGCUGUUGGAGAGCGAUUUCCCGCCACUCGACGAGCCGCCAGCUGCGCGAAAGUCAAUGAGCCCAUUGGAGAACCGCGCGCCUAAAUCCAGAGACAGCAGCUGCUGCAAGAGAAACCUCAGCAGGAAAAGGUCACCAUCACGGGAGCGAGACACAGCCAUGCAGGGAGUCCUCUGGAAGUGUCUCACCACAGGCUUGGUGGCUUGUCUCGGCGCACUUCUUCUGCAGCACCUGUGGGUCGUGAUCAAGAGGUGCCUGCGGAAAGACCUGCCGCCGGGGCCGUACGGUUUGCCACUGCUCGGUUACCUGCCCUUCAUGCCCAAGGACCACCACGGCGUAGAGGUUUUCAAGAAGAAAUACGGCAACGUAUUCGGGCUACACUUGGGCAGCCGAUACGUGGUUUUUCUGUGCGACUUCGGAUCCGUGAAAGAAGCAUUUUCGCAGGACGCUCUUCUCAACAGACCAGAAGAACUUCCCUUUAAGAUCCACGAGCAGUCACAAGGCCUUCUUUUAAUCAAUGGGCCACUGUGGAAAUUGCAGCGUCGAUUUUCGCUGAAGGUCUUCAAAAAUCUGGGCGUCGCCACCCCCGCCAUGGAGAGACACAUACGCAAGGAGCUGUCGUACUUAAUCCGCGAGCUGGAAUCCCUCAAGUGUAAGCCCGUGGUUCCCACGUCCCUGUUGACGCCCAGCACGUCCAACAUCAUCUCGGCGCUGGUGUUCGGCCGGCGGUUCGAAUACGACGACCCCGAGCGCAUUUACCUGGACGAACUGAUCGAAGUCAUCCCAGCACUGGCUUCACAGGCGGCGGCCAUCAACUUCUUUCCCUGGCUUCGUAAGCUGCUUGUCUUCUUCCGUGUGGGCACAUGCAAGCGGCUAAGGGACGCCCUGGCCCGCAGAGAAGAAUUUGCCGAUUCCAAGAUCAACGAGCAUCUGGACACGUACAAGGAUGGCUUGGUCCGAGACUACAUCGACGGCUUUCUCAGCGAGAUGAAGCAGCAGCGAAACGGAGGUUUCACUCGCAACCUUCUCAAGGGCAACGUAGCGACCUUCUUCGGUGCCGGCAGCGAGACGGUUCGCUCCGCCAUCGAGUGGUUGCUGCUCACGUGUGCCGCCAAGCCGGAGCUGCAACGCCGCAUCCACGCAGAGAUCGAUGCCGUGCUUGAAGGUGACCAGAGCUCGAACGUCUCGUGGAGUGACCGCAGCCGGAUGCCAUACACGCAAGCGUUCAUAUGGGAGACGAUGCGCUACAAGCCGGUCGUCCCGCUUAACUUAAUGCGAUAUGCUGACGCAGACGUCAAGGCGGGAGGCUACGUUAUCCCCCGCGGCAGCAUUGUGAUCGCCUCCAUAUGGUCCAUCUUCCACGACAAGUCCUUCUGGGGAGAUCCGGAAGACUUCCGGCCGGAGCGCUUCCUUGUCGACGGGGAGACGCGACCGCUGAAACCAGAGCAAUUGAUCCCUUUCUCUUACGGCAAGCGCUCGUGCACCGGUGAGGUGAUCGCCAACAUGGAAGAGUUCAUCUACUUCACCACCAUCCUGCAGCACUUCACGGUCGAGGCGCCACCUGGCGGCCCGAGUCUCGUCUUCGACGAAAUCACUGGCCUCUCCAACCGACCCAAGCCGCAAGCACUCGCUUUCCGGCCGCGACGGGUACGCGGUUGAGCACACCACAAGUUGAACCUUUGAACCUGCUGCUCGACAGAGUGUCGGAGCUAAGGUAUAAAGCGGCAUACUCGUGAUGCUGGUGAUGGUGUAAGCACUCGUUACAUGACCAAAUCUGCGAUGCAACCAAAGUCGUUUUAUUGUUAAUAUAAUUUUUGCCGUUAGCUUUUGACGAGUAUAUAUGUACACGGAUAUCAAUUUUCUUUUACGAGUGCCGCUUCGUGAUUUUUUCCCCCGACAUUUCCUUGAUAGCUAGGGAUUACGUAACAGUAAUUAUAUGUAAUAGAUACAACCGCUGUACAGUAAACCCUUGACUCACGGUGCACACAUAUGGGCACGCGACUUGUUUGUAUCAGUUCUGUCCAGUGAUGGUAACAAAAAGUAAGGCACCACAAUGUUUGACGGUAUGUUCGACGCGCCGCGUUCCAUUGGCGAAAGUAGCUUUAAUGCGACAUUUUUAGGAUAUUUCACGCACUUCCCGUUAUCUAUCUAUCUAUCUAUCUAUCUAUCUAUCUAUCUAUCUAUCUAUCUAUCUAUCUAUCUAUCUAUCUAUCUAUCUAUCUAUCUAUCUAUCUAUCUAGCUAGCUAGCUAGCUAGCUAGCUAGCUAGCUAUCUAUGUUACUAGCUAGCUACAGGUGUCCCCGUUUUCUUUUCCCGGCGUGUUAAAGGAGCGCGGCUGCAGUAAGUCUCUUACAUGACGGGUUUCGCCAGUGGCUAUGCAGUGUCGAUACAUUGCUUCAAUGCCAAUCACAUUGAUAUCGACAGUCAUUCUGGGAUGCUCUUGUUGUUUUUUUUUUUUGCUGGAAUUUUCUACCUUUCUCGUUAUACCUGCAAUUAAUAACUUGUGCAUACGCUUUGGCCCGGAGAUCAGACCUUUAAAAAUUUGAGCGCGACUGUAUGCGUGUUUUCAUUUCGCGAUAUAUUGAGGCAUCACACAGAUCACCACCUUAACCAACCAACCUUAUUAUAUAACCAACCUUUAAUAUAGCUUUCAUUGAUUACGAGAAAGCGUUUGAUUCAGUCGAAACCUCAGCAGUCAUGGAGGCAUUGCGGAAUCAGGGUGUAGACGAGCCGUAUGUAAAAAUACUGAAAGAUAUCUAUAGCGGCUCCACAGCCACCGUAGUCCUCCAUAAAGAAAGCAACAAAAUCCCUAUAAAGAAAGGCGUCAGGCAGGGAGAUACGAUCUCUCCAAUGCUAUUCACAGCGUGUUUACAGGAGGUAUUCAGAGACCUGGAUUGGGAUGAAUGGGGGAUAAGAGUUAAUGGAGAAUACCUUAGUAACUUGCGAUUCGCUGAUGAUAUUGCCUUGCUUAGUAACUCAGGGGACCAACUGCAAUACAUGCUCACUGACCUGGAGAGGCAAAGCCGAAGGGUGGGUCUAAAAAUUAAUCUGCAGAAAACUAAAGUAAUGUUUAACAGUCUCGGAAGGGAACAGCAGUUUACAAUAGGUAGUGAGGCACUGGAAGUGGUAAGGGAAUAAAUCUACUUAGGACAGGUAGUGACUGCGGAUCCGGAUCAUGAGACUGAAAUAAUCAGAACAAUAAGAAUGGGCUGGGGUGCGUUUGGCAGGCAUUCUCAGAUCAUGAACAGCAGGUUGCCAUUAUCCCUCAAGAGAAAAGUUUAUAACAGCUGUGUCUUACCAGUACUCACGUACGGGGCAGAAACCUGAAGGCUUACGAAAAGGGUUCUACAUAAAUUGAGGACGACGCAACGAGCUAUGGAAAGAAGAAUGAUAGGUGUAACGUUAAGGGAUAAGAAAAGAGCAGAUUGGGUGAGGAAACAAACGCGUGUUAAUGAUAUCUUAGUUGAAAUCAAGAAAAAGAAAUGGGCAUGGGCAGGACACGUAAUGAGGAGGGAAGAUAACCGAUGGUCAUUAAGAGUUACGGAAUGGAUUCCAAGGGAAGGAAAGCGUAGCAGAGGGCGGCAGAAAGUUAGGUGGGCGGAUGAGAUUAAGAAGUUUGCAGGGACAACAUGGCCACAAUUAGUACAUGACCGGGGUAGUUUGAGAAGUGUGGGAGAGGCCUUUGCCCUGCAGUGGGCAUAACCAGGCUGAUGAUGAUUAUGAUGAUGAUGAUGAUGACAGAUCACCACACCGACUGGCAGAGCCACGGUCGACGCGCGGAACGGCCGCACAGUUGCCGCUUUCGCGCAACAGCAGCUUAUGCAACCGAAUCUUUACCAGGAAACGCUUGCGGCCGACUCUGUGCACCAAGGCGAGCUUCCUGGUUUUUUUUUUUUUACUCUUUCGCCUGCACGGCCCGUGCCGCGACUGCAGCGGAUGCAUAAUUUCCUCGAUGCACAGACGUGAGUGCUAACUGGUGGCGCUUCAAAGUGGCUUCCUCUAAAGCACCUUCAUAAUUUGAAAGUAGCGACACUCUCCUCCCCGUGGCGCCUUCCUCCUCAAUUCUCCUCGCGCGCCAGCGGGGCGCGCUGCGCACGGCAUGCUUUUUCUCCUUAGCUCCCGCGGACGGGCUGCAGUGUUCGAUGGAGGCGCAUGAUUUUGGACCAGUUGCGCGCCCCAGUGAUGCUGAAAUUUUUGAAAAAUAGUGAUAACAGCAUCGAGAAUGCUGAAGGUAACGUUUAUGAGGAGGUUGGUUUCUUCUUAAAGCUGUAUGAAUGGGGCAUACUGAUGUAAAAGAAGCUUUAAGGCGAGUGCUAUACUCCAAACAUUUGUUACUGCCACAUGAUAACAACAUGCUUUACUUUCUGCAUCUGAUCUAGUAUUGCUUGUAGCACAUCCCUCUGUGUGUGAGUUUAGUUUUUCUUGUCUGUGCGCGCAUGCGCACCGCAGGUAUUAUAUUCAGCGUGCUUUGUUCUAUUAAAUUAGUCGCGAGUGCAU